UUGAGAUCCGGACUGCAUGUGUGUGCUCACAUAUCCGUCUGUGUUACUGGGACUCACUUAUAUUCCUCAAGAUCAACAUUAUUUCAGCGCGUCUUUGACUUUUAACAGCAGGACAUCAAUAAGCCAUGGUUGUUACCGGCUGCUCCCAAUGCAUUAAAUACAUGCUCUUCUUCUUUAACUUCAUUUUUUGGUUGGCUGGUGGUGUGAUUCUGGGUGUAGCGUUAUGGCUUCGCCAUGACAGUCAAACCAGCAACCUCCUGAUGCUUCAGUUUGAGGGGAAUCAAGCCCCAGGCACCUUUUAUGUCAGUGUGUAUGUUCUCAUAGCGAUUGGGGCUUUAAUGAUGUUUGUGGGCUUCCUCGGUUGUUAUGGUGCCAUUCAAGAAUCUCAGUGUCUAUUAGGAACAUUCUUUACAUGUUUAGUGAUCCUGUUUGCUUGUGAGGUGGCCGCAGGAUUAUGGGGCUUUAUUAACAAGGAUACGAUAUCCACUGAGCUCAUUAACUUCUAUGAUACCGCGUAUAUUAAAGCUGUGGAUCCAGUAGGCACAGAAUCCAAACAGGCUGCCACCAAGAUUCUGGAGGUCUUCCAUGAAACACUUGAGUGCUGUGGUAAAGGGGAUAAUAAUGAACUUUUCAAAGCUGCUCAGACCUCUCUGUGUCCCAAGAUGACCAACCCAAUUGACCUGCUCAUUACUCAGAGUUGCCACACAAAGCUAAGGAACCUGUUCACUGAGAAACUCCAUGUGAUUGGCUUGGCUGCCCUAGUGAUCGCUGUCAUUAUGGUUUUUGAGAUGAUCUUCACCAUGGUCCUCUGCUGUGCAAUCCGCAAUACUCCAGCAUAUUGAGAGGCUGGAUGAUGGCCAGACUGAUCAAAACCUUAGAUUUUUGCCAGUAUUGGGCAGGAGGACACCAUAUCACUUCUGUGCUCCCUCACUUUUCCAGCUCAGGUGACCAAACACUGAGCAUUGAUCUUUGCCUUUUUAGAGAGGACCUCUUAUGUUAUUGUACCAGAAUACACAUCAAGGGCUAUCAUAGAUAAAUAUUUCAACAACAUAACAAUCUUUUACAAUGUGGAGGUUUCUACAUAUUUAACAGUAAUGUGAUUGACUUGUAUAGACCACAAGUUUUAUUCUGUAUUGUUUUACUGUUUAAUUUUUUUUUUUUUAUUUCAGUGUAAUAACAAACACUUUCAUCUUGUAUUGUCUAUUUUUUCUAUACAUGCUUCUUAGUAUUGCAGUAACUUAAAGGGUUAGUUCACCCAAAAAUGAAAAUGUUCUCAUCAUAACACCCUCAUGCUAUCCAAGAUGUAUAUGACUUUCUUUCAUCUGCUGAACACAAACGAAGAAUUUCUCAGCUCAUGCAGUGUAAGUAAAUGGGUGCCGAAAUUUAAAAGCUCCAAAAUCCACAUGAAGGCAACAUAAACCAGAUGACUCUUGUGGUUAAAUGAAUAUCUUCAUAAGUGAUAUGACAGGUGUGGGUGAGAAACAUUUCAAUAUUUAAUCUUUUUUAUAUACAUAUACAUAUCGCCCCCUAAUGGGCAGGGAGGAUAAUUUGAUCGACAAUAUUGACAAUAUGAUCUGCUAAAAAAAUGUUGUGGUUCUCACCCACACCUAUCAUAUUGCUUCUUUACACAUGGAUGUAACCACUGGAGUAAUAUUGAUUACUUUCAUGCUCCCUUUAUGUGGAUUUUGGACCUUCAAAAUGUUGGCAAACAUUUGCUUACAUUGUGAGGACCUACAGAGCUGAAAUAUUUGUAAAAAUGUAUAUUUGUUUGUGUGCGUGUGUGUGUAUGUGCGUGAGUGUGUGUGCGUGAGUGUGUGUGUGUGUGUGUGUGUGUGUUCUGCAGAAGGUAGGAAGUCAUACACAUCUGGGAUGCCAGGAGGGUGAGUUAAUCAUGAGAGAAUUUUCAUUUUUGGGUGAACUAUCCCUUUAAGAACACUAAAACAACUGUAAAAGUAACAUAAUGUUAUGAGUGUGAGUCUUUGAGUGUGUAUAUUUGUGCAUUUUCAUUUCUAAAUCAUUGGAAAUAUUUUAAAUAGGUAAUUGUUUUAUGAAUAUUUUAUAUAGCAAAGAAAAUUUGGAGUCAAACAGUGCUUUCUGAGUGCCUAUCACACACUGGGUCUUAUCUGAUCACACAUUGUAUUGUAUAUAAUCUCUUCAAGAUUUUCUACCACAUUAUAUUAAUACAACCCACAUGAAACUGAUCAAACAUUGUAUUACCCAAUGAGCCCAAUCCAUUUCUUGAUAUUUCAUUUAUUUCAAAUAAAAGUUACU